AUGGCGAAAAACUCCGAGGAAAACGCUAGCCAACAAAAUGGGGAGGAGACCAUCGAGAAAUUGGGCAGAAAGACACCCGAAUCCUCCCUCAAGAAAGAGCCAAAACAGAAGAAUCCCAAGUAUGACUAUUCGGUCAACGCCAAAUCACCAUUCCCAGGCUCCAACUGUCGGCGGAGUCGAAGGCGUAUUCCGCUGACUGGAAGACAAACAUGA